UAAUAUUUUGCGAUAUCAAUUUAGCUUUAUCUUUUAAUCUUAUAUUCCUCCUUAUCCUCGUGAUCCCUGCUGAAGCAAUGUUUACAUCCAAAUAAUGAAAGGGUAAAUGGUCAAAGGAGAAUUCCAAGAACAUUAAGGGAAAAAAACAGACAUACAAUGGGAGGGAACAUAAGUUCACAUAAGAUGCCAACCUCAGAACCCACAACUUCAACAGCUGGAGAUGGCAUAAAGUCAAUCAGGACUACAAAUGUUUUCAAAGCAGUCAAUUUUGAACUUUAUGUAAAACCAAACAUAGCAGUGAUGACAUUUGGAGUUGUAGCUAUUCUGUGUAGCACAGCUUAUCUUGCAUAUAUGAAGGCAUCAAUGAGGGAAAGUAAAACUUAUGUUGCCAUUGCCGAGGAUGGAUCCCAACAAUUGACAAUAAAGAAAUCAAGAUGGGAGUGAUUACAGUGGUUACUAAGGACCUGUGCUUUAAUAUUGUUGUACAGAAAAUAAAACUAUUUAAUGUAU